AGAUCUUUCAGAAUGAGGGAAGUGCGUGCAACUCAAGUUGUCUGUUGAACGUUUUAAGGUAUUACAUGGUUCACCCAACAUGCUGAAGAUAUCGCAACAGGUCAGUAGUAUGUAGUAAGAGCUGAAGUAUAAAAACCGUUCUCUGCUGUGAAUACAGCAGUGUGGGCUUGUUUUUGGAAAGUUGCUCUAUCUACCUCUGACUUGGUUUGAAAUAAGUUGGUUAUUUCACAGAUUAUCAUGACGACUCACCAACAAGAACAUCAGACACACAGGAACAGAUCCCUACAGGACACGGGUAACGGGAAGCUUGAGGAUGGAACUCAUGAUGGCAAAAGUGUGGUACAGGUCCACAGUAAACGGAACAACAUCCACCUGUCUCUGUUGUGCCUUUUGUUGGGUGUGUUUCUCAUAAUGCUGCUGGACUGCUGCCGGUCCUCCUCCGAGUCGUGGGUUCUGCUCGGUUCUGCUGGAAUCCCGAUCUGGGACUGGUCGUCUGUGUGCGUCGUGCUGUUAUUCACUGUCCUGCAGAUGGUGCUCUAUUAUCUACCUGUGGGACAGGUGGCAGAAGGCAAGAUGGGCUGCGAUGGAAAGCAUUUGAAAUACAAACUCAACGGUCUGUAUGCAUUUCUCCUGACUGUGGUUCUGUUGUUGGUUCUGUGGUUUGGUGGCGUCCUGCGGGCCGGCGCUGUGAUGGACAAGAUCUUCUCUCUGGUGACCGCCGGCAUGGCCAUUUCGCUAAUCUUCAGCCUGGUGCUGUUCCUGUGUCCAAUCAGAACACCCUCCUCCGCACACGUGACCUACGACAGCACAGCAAAGCCCCUGCUGAAGUUUGCUCUGGGUCAGAGUAUGGAUCCCCAUCUGGGCAUCAUCGACAUCAAACACUUUGUCAUGGUCAGGAUUGGAUUCAUUGGCUGGGCCAUGAUGGAUCUGAAUUAUCUCCUGACUUCUGUAGAGAUGAAGAACUGGUCUCUCUCUCUGCUGCUCGUCAUUGUCUUUCAGCUCAUUUACAUACUGGACUUCCUCAUCGAUGAGGGCUCUGUGCUGACGACCAAAGAGUUUACGGAAGAGCCGAUUGGCUUCAUCAUGAUUUUGGGCGAGUUCAUCUGGAUCCCUUUCUUCUCCAGUCUGCCUGUUUACUUCCUGCUUCAAAGGCCCAAUUCCAUCCAUUUCCUGUCUGCUGUACCCAUCUGUCUGCUCUUCGGUAUUGGCUUCCUGAUUUAUUACCUGUCCAACGAGCAGAAAGACGGUUUCCGCAAAAACCCGAAUGAUCCGGCCUACGCUCGUCUGAACACAAUCCGCAGCCCGGCGGGAAGCAGUCUGCUGGUGUCCGGAUGGUUCGGAUGGGUCCGACACCCCAAUUACUUAGGAGACAUUCUGAUGAUGUUUGCCUGGUGUCUGCCAUGCGGGUUCACCAGUGUUUUGCCGUACUUGCCGGCGCUGCAGUGCUUUCAGUUAUUGAGGAAGCGAGCCAAUGAGAUCGAAGAAUCAUGUCUGAAGAAGCACAGAGAGGCCUGGAGAGAAUACUGUCGCCAAGUGCCGUACAAACUCCUUCCUUACGUGUAUUAAAGAUCUCGCAUGUGUUUUAACAUAAACUCCAUCAAAGCAAAGCUCUUGUGUUGAGAGUUAUUAUUUUUAGCUGUGUGGAUUUAAAAAUCCAGCCCAAGUAAUUGUUACCUAAAAGAGCUAUUUAUACCUGAUUUAACCCAUAACAUUUAGUGAUAUUAAACAAUAUCAACAUCAAGUGUUUGAUGUCGCGCCAAUAGCCUACAGUGCAACUGCGCUCACGGCGACCCGAGUUCGAAUCCCGGCUCGUGGUCCUUUGCCGAUCCCACUCCCCUCUCUCUUCACCCACUGCUUUCCUGUCUCAUCUACACUGUCCUUUCCAAAUGAAGGCAUAAAACAGCCCAAAAUUAAAUCUUUAAAAACUAAAAAAAACCAAAAACAAAUAAAAAGUGUUUGAUAAUAUUACAGGGUGGGGAAAAAACAAGAACAAUUUUUAUUUAUAUUAGGUGUCAAAAAAUAAUUAUGUACUUACUGCAUAAAGCAGGUGUUGCAACAGUGUAAUUCUACAUGUAAUUACAAAAAUGAAUCACAUGUCUUAAAUGCUAGUACAUCGUAGUUAAAGACUCUUAAAGUGGGUGCAAAUUUUAGUUAAUCAUAACAGACCUGAAGUCAUUUUUUACUAAAAACUAUUUUUCUCUGCUGUCGUUUCAAACCUACAGUGGGAAAAUAUUUUUAACUGGAAAAAGAACGACAGAAAAACUAAAUUCAUUAACUAAUUCAUCUUCUCGUUUUGCUAACACAAUGUACAAAAUGCAAAUUUUCUUUGCAGAAAUGUUCUACUUGCUGACUUUUUUUUAGCUUUAGCUUUAAAAGUAACUGAAAUAUCAUAAAUCAUUUAAUCUUUCCCUUUAAUGUGAUUUAUUUUGACCAGUUAUGUACUCAUACCAUUGUUUGUUCUAUUAUUUUUUCCACUUCUACAUUUUAAAGAUGUUCCCAGUAAUAAAUAAAUAAAUAAACAGAUCUGUUCUUUAGUAAAACUGCUUGAGAGCUUCUUACAAUUGAAACCUUUUCCAGUAUAAAAUGUAAAUAUUAUCCACGAAUAUUGUAAUCCAACAUAAUUACGGUAAACAAAAAGUGCCAUGAUGUUAUUUGAACGUUGCAUAAUCCGUAGCAUGUAAAUAUGGAAAUUCAUCAUGGUGUUUUUUUAAACUGCUUACAGUUUGUGUUGGGGAAAACUGCUUUUAAAAGUAAUGUGUGACAACACUGUGUUACUCCCUACAAAAAGUAACUACUACGUUACGUUACAUUACUUUUGCGUUGCUUUUCAAAACUGGGCGGGGCUUGCUUGUUUGUUUUGAAUAGAAAACCAGUCUGGAGUAUCACGGGUAUAUUUGUAGCAAUAGCCAAAAAUACAUUAUAUGGGUCAAAAUUAUUGAUUUUUCUUUUAUGCCACAAAUCAUUAGGAUAUUAAGAUCAUGUUCCAUGAAGGUAUUUUGUAAAUUUCCUACUGUAAAUAUAUCAAAACUUAAAUUUUAAUUAGUAAU